AUGAGUUCAAGUGGAAAGGCCCCCCCCGUCAGUUUCCCCGGAAUCGCGAUGCCGCCGCAGCCAGUGCUCAGAUGUGCAAACCUGGAAAUCAGCAACAUUCAAACCGGCCCAGACUGCCCAACACGGCACAUGUCGUCGUGGCCCCUCAGGCUGUCUCUCUCCGUGAAACAUUGGGUUCGACAGGCCACGUCGGGGACUCACAUGGUUCCCAGACAGCCCUAUCAAGGCGACUGGCUACACAGGGGCUCCUGGUUGGAGGGCCCGCUUCCGAUUGGGGAUAGGCUCGCUGACAGCUCAUCAACCCAUCUAGGACCGGCAAUGGGUUGA